AGGCGUCCUAGCAACACCCGCCAGGCUGUUGUUGCUGGGGAUUUGAGAUUUAUUUUUCGGAGCGAGAAGAGUCAAGCUCCCAUCUCCAACCCUCAAAGGAGCUUUUCUCCCGGGUACUGCCAAGAGGCUGCUUUCUUUUCCCUUCAGUGGUUCCAGCCUACAUCAGAGCCAUGGCACCAAAACCACAAAAGAGCCCCAAGGGCCAGAGAAAGGGCCAGGGUGUCAAAAAGAAGAUCAAACCAUCAAUACCAGUUUUUGAAGAAGAGGAACCAAUGAACAUGGAGAGCAUGGGCCAUCCAGAAAUUUAUCCAUUAGUAUUAACUACCAGGACCCAGGAAAUAUUCAACUGUCGAGCAGAUGAAGACUUCACAGAUGAGCAAUCGUAUAAGCUCAUCAAAAAAGAUGAUAUCUUGGCAGACUUGCUGAACCGAGCUGCAGUAUCAGACUUCCACCCGGUCAAAAAAAUUGUCCGGGAAUAUCCAGGGGACGAGCUACUGCUCGUUUAUGACAAAGACUUCAAAUAUGGACUCAACUUUUACCUCAUUGGGACUGAGGAAGGCAAAGAAAACUUCUUAAAGACCCCAGAAGUGCCAGAAGAACAAGAAGAACUCAAGGAAUAUACUCCAGAAGACCUGUACAUCUACAAACCACCUGUCUCCAAGCCAUGGGUGUCUUUGGGCAGUGAGAAAGAAAUUGAGGAAGAAUCUGUCAAGGAAUCAAAAAGACGGGUGACAUACAUGAUUUCUAGAAAACGAAGUCAAUUUGGUGCACCCGUGGCUUUCAGUGACCAGAAUGCUUCUAGCAUAAAAGAUGCCUACAUUGAGUGCACUUCUUAUACAGAUAAAAAUUACACACUCACACAAGUUGAGAAAGAUAUUGGCUUGCAAGUCAUUCCUGAGGUCAAGGGCGUAAGCACUCAGACAAAAUGGGCAUUUCCUAAAAAUGCUACUACGCAGUAUUAUGCAAGAGAAUUUUCAGAAGAGGAAAAAGAAGCCCUCAAACAAUCAAAGACUUUGGCUGAUUUUCUCAACAAUGUGUCCACAAGUGUUGAAAUAGCCCUGCAGCAGAACGAAAUCAUGAACACAUUUAUUGAUGACUGGAAGAACCUCGCAGAGGAAGAGAGCACCUUUGGGGACAAGACUGAUACCCACCUGAAAGAGUACCAGUCCUUUACAGACCUUCACAGCACCAUGGAGAAGAUGAUCACCUGUGUCUCGUGGCACCCAACCAUCUAUGGGCUCAUAGUCGUCUCGGUGGCUGUGCGCCUCUCCUACGAAGAGAGAGUCCACUUUUCGGGUAAAUUAUUGCUGCAGCCAUCAUUGCUCCUCUUCUGGAGUUUCUCUGACCCCAUACACCCUCAGCUGAUGCUGGAGAGCCCCGAUGAUAUCUUCUGCUUCGAGUUCUGUCCGAGUGACCCUAAUAUCAUCGCUGGAGGCUGUAUAAAUGGACAGGUUGUCCUGUGGGAUAUCACGUCACACGCAGACCGCAUAGAAAACAUCAAGGCGGGCGGCAGCAGAAGUAGAAAGGCCAUUCUCAAGCCUAUGUUUCUCCUUGAACCAGACAGUAAUAAGGAAGCGAUGUACAUCAGACACUGUGCGGUAUCUUCAAUAGAAAAUGGACAUAGGAAAGUAAUCACAGAUAUACACUGGCUGCCAGACUCCUUUGAGAUUAACAGAAUGGGCUCAGUCUUUGAAAAUCGGAGUGGAAUAAAUUGUCAGCUUGUCACAUGCUCAGCAGAUUGUACAAUAUGUUUUUGGGAUAUUCGACCUCAAAAACCUGCAAGCACAGCUGCCCCCACCACCGCAGCUGCCCCCACCACGACCACAGGUACAAGCACAGCCAACAACCACACGAACUCCCAACAACCAGCAACGGAGAAGAAGAAAGAAGAGACCAUUGAAAUUCCCUUUGAUGUGCCAUCGACCUUCUUGCACCUGGAUCUCUCCUGGAAGCCCCUGUGUAGGAUAAAACUGUCUAAGGGUGAAACAAGUUUAGACCACUGUCCAACCAAGUUGAGCCUGGGUGAAGACCCUCUUCUUUGCAAAAUGCAAGGUACAUCUUCUAUCCAUGUUCUUCUGAAGGAAAAGGUGUUCAGCCAGGUGAAAGCCCUGAAGACAGCAGAAGUAAACCCCUACCACAAUCUGGAGGCCGGGAUGGCCAAUAUUCUCAAGCCCAUAGAAGACUUCUGCACCAAGUUCUUUGUGGGAACAGAGGAAGGUGAAGUGAUAUAUACAGACUGGAAAAUGGAGAGAGACUCUGAAACUGGGCGAUUCAUGCCCAAGAAACCUGUGAACCUCUACACUGUCCAUGAUGGGUCCGUCCACACCGUUCAGAGGUCACCUUUCUACAACGACAUCAUCCUCACUGUUGGGGGAUGGAACGUGGCCAUCUGGAAGGAAGAAGUCAUGACUGGACCGCUCCUUCAGACAUGCUGCGCACCGAAAAGGUACACAUCAGGGGCCUGGUCCCUAACAAGGCCUGGCGUAUUCUACAUCGGCCGAGAGGAUGGAUACGUCGACAUCUGGGAUCUCCUGGAGAAAACUCAUGAACCAGCCCAGUCCCAGAAUAUUUGCAUCACCAUGAUCACCUACAUCAAACCCUGGACCUUCUCCUCUAAGCAGCAGUUUAUAGCCAUAGCUGAUUAUUAUGGAACACUGCAUAUCUUAGAAAUUCCCUGGACGUUAAGUCAUCCUUCCUUUAAUGAGGUAUCAAGUGUGAACUACUAUUUUGAAAGAGAAGUCAAGCAUCUGGAAUAUGUCCAGCAGCGCAAGCUUAUCCGUGAAGAAGAAAAGAAAGAAAUAGCCCUGGAACUGGUAAAGAAGAAAACUAAAGUCUAUACUAAGACAAAAGAGCAGAUGGAGGCUGAGCUGAAGUUGGAAUAUGAGAGCUAUUUGGAGCUUGAGAAGUCCAUCCUCUUCAAUCUUGGCCUGACCAAAGCCUCAGAGAAAGUAUCCUACUUAGAUAUGGCUUAGCAAAGAUUCUUGAUGAUAGUUCCUGCGGUCACUCUGGUAAUCUUCCCUCUCUUUUGAUUGAUUGUAUUUUAUGUUAGGUAAAAUAGCAAACUGAUUAUAUAUAGGUUUAUUUGUAAAUGCAGGCUUUU